GUUUGCGAACUUGCUCGACUGUGUAGUCUACUGAAUCACGCAACAGAGGGUUGCUGUGCGAUUCCGCUUGAUUAUAACGCCACUGCGCCUGUUGUUUUACGUAAUCCCUUAGAUAUGGGAUAUCAAGACCUCUGCGAAUAGUAUCAUUUGACACGUACCAAGGGGCGUUAGUAAUUGUGCGUAGGGUUCUGUUUUGCAGGACUUGCAGUCUCUGCAUGUGCGUCUUGGCAAGAAAACACCAAGCCGCGCAUACGUAGGUGAUUGCGGAUCUUAUGACCAUUUUAUACAACCGAAUCUUGUUGAUCAAACUUAAUUUUGAAUUUCUGCACAACAAAGGAUAAAGCUGCCGAAAGGUAAUUUGGAAUUUUGUUUUCAGAAUAUCAGUAUGUUUCUGCCAGGUCAAUCCCUUGUCAAUGAUGACUCCAAGGUACCUGACAGAUUGCUCCCAUGGUAUACGAGUUCCAUUCACUGAUAUCUCUGAGGGGGCACCGCGACGUUUUUUAGUACAAUAGAUUGCCUGCGUUUUCGAAGUAUUAAUUUUGAUCAACCACCGAUCCGCCCACUCCAAUUCUUCCUCCACCGCACCCUGCAGCCUGUCGUGAACCAGGUUACCAGAACAAGACUGGGCUAGCAAUGCAGUGUCGUCAGCAUAGAGAUAGACUUCACAGUUGCUGGGGCAAGGGACGUCAUGUAUAUAAAGUGAAUAAAGGAUAGGUCCUAAGACCGAACCCUGAGAAACACCGGCUCUUACGGGCCGGGCCGUGUUGUUGACAACACAUUGAUAAUUUUGAUCCGAAACUUCCUUCCCUCUAGAAAAGAGUUCAACAGUUUUAGUAGCCAAAAAGGAAAACCCUUUUGGAUGAGCUUAUACAAGAGGCUCAUGUGCCACACCUUGCCAAAUGCCUUUGAUACAUCUAAAAGCAAGAUACCAGUACUUUUGUUCAGGGUGAACCCGCUGGUUACAUGCUCCACCAGUCUAACUGCCUGUAGCUCUAUACUAUGCUCAGACCGAAACCCGAAUUGCACGUCAGGAGUCACAUGGUAACCUGACGAGAAAUUCUCAAGGUGACGAUAAAUCACCUUUUCAGCGAGCUUAGAAGGAGCUGACAGCAGAUUGAUGGGACGGUAAUCCUGGGGGAAUAUCGAACCUGCCUUCUUUGGGAUCAUGAUGACUUCAGCGACCUUCAACACCGUAGGCAAGUAAUGAGUUCUGAGCAUUGCAUUGAUUAUUGCCACCAGAUAAGUCGAAGCCUUGAGUGAAAGCAACUUCAGUGCUUUGUUGGUAAUUUGAUCCUCUCCAGGUGCUUUACGCACCUUUAGGUCCUUAAUGUGGCAUUGGAGCUCUGCUGGUGUACAAAACGGAAUCUCAGAGUAUUCCGUUGAUGUGCUAUGCUGAGAUUCAUCUGAAGAAUCUUCCGUAGAAGAAUCUUCUGAAAAGGAGUCAACAAUGCUAGCACCGAUGUUGGUAUCGCCAUUCGCUCUGAAGUAUCUCCUGACAGAUCUUACAAUUUGUCAUUCCUCAUCAAGGUCAUUGACCAGAUCAUAAUUGGGAGAGAACUGCCUUUCCAUGACGUGAGCAAACACCUCCACUUUAUACUCAGUCCUGGAAACUAUGCCUCAAGGACCAUGAAUAUGUGGUAGUUGUUCUUGCCUUCCGUUUCUGAGCGAUUUUGCCACUUUCCAGUGGGGAAUACUUGAUUCAAGCAUCCCCGCCAGAAAGUCACUCCACUGCUCAUUGCGGAAUUCAUGGAGUGCAUCUCUCACUUCAUGGACGAGAUUCGUCGCUCUACGAAUGUCAUCAGGAUGACAAGACCUUUUUGCUUGCUUAAUCGCAGCCCUCUUUUCAGAAAUUUUCCGACGGAUGUCAGCAGGAAGAAAAGGUCUGCCGUGUCGCUGCACCGGAAGCAUAGCAGCACGCUGUAGAGUUUGGUGAACGAAACUUGUCCACUCCGAUUGAGCAGCAUCAAUUCUGUUCUCAUCAUGUAUGACCGGGACGCUGGGAAACUCUUUGAGAAAUGACUUGUAUAGUUGCCAAUCAACUCUUUUCCUUGGAGGAGUUUCCUCCUCCACGAAAUGCCCAUUACCUACCUCUAGAACAACAGGUAGAUGGUCUCUAGAGUUGUCAUACAAGAUCCUAGAAGCAAUACUGAACCUACAGUCUUUUGAUAUUGCAAAGUCUAUAACAUCCGGUGCCUGAAGGUGAUUGAAAGGAUGGUGUGUCGGCUCUUCGGUGCUGUGAAUAAGAUACCCGUUUCGCAUCACAUGGUUGUAAAGCCGAACUCCACAAGUAGAGUUAAGCCUUGAGUGCCAUGAUCGGAGAUUGCAGUUGUAGUCUCCUGCCACAAUAAGAGGGCCCGAACAGUCUAGAAGGACUUCCAAGUCCUCCUCUCGCAGCACCGCACCUGACAUACACCGAGGUGAUCUUCAACGGAAUGCAUCCCGCCAUAUUGACUACCACGUUUAACGAGCACUGCCAAGCCACCACCCCUACCAUUCAAUCUGUCAGCGCGUGUAACAUCAUAAUUCGAGAAAGCUAAGCGAUCUCCCAGAUUGAGUAAUAUUUCCUGCAGCAGAGCUAUGUCUAUACUCUCAUCCAAUAGAGUUUGAUGAAAUCCCCGUUUUUUGGGAAUAUCCGUUAUAAUGUAGGUUGUCUAUUGUACUUAAGCCAUUCAAUGACUGCGGAAAGAUCGCCUGCAAUGCCUGAGUCGCGUUAAUCAGGGGACUUAUUAUUUGUUGAAGGCACUUAAGCGCAUUUGCUAGGUCCACAUUCUGCGUGUCCAAAGUGGGUUGAAGAGAGGGGGCAGCCGAAGACGGCUGCUUCCGCGUAUGACUUGCUGCGUCUUUGCGCUAUGACUUCCAGAUUACGCCUGGGGGUGAAUCUGCAAGUGGGAAUGCGCCCCUCCACAGUUCGCACACUUUCGCUCCUCUUGUCCUGUGAGGGAGCAUAAAUGUGUCAUGUGGUCGAAAGCACAUUUUAAACAUUUGGGAGGUACUGUGCAGUAAGACUACGCAUGAUCAUACCUUUUUCAGCGGUGACACUGCCCAAUAAGUCUAGAGUUCUUUUGAACUUUGAUUGCUUGACCCAGCAGCUCAUGUUCAUUGAACAGCUGAUGGGACUUUUCAAUCUUGGGCAGUAUCACGACCACUAAAGGCAUGGGUGCGCCGCCACUGCGUUUGAGUCGGAUAAUUUGGAGAGGAGUAUAUCCCCUCUGUUCUAAUUCCCCUUUGAUCUCCUGUUCCGAAAACAUUGCGGGUAUGCCUCUGACUACCGCGGGAAUAUUUCGUUCUAAAGGAAGAGGGAACGUAUGAUGGGGCACAUCCUCCUCUCUGAACAGGCGAACGAUUUUUCGGUAGUCAUCCUCAGUUUUCGGCAACAACCCUGAUUCCCGCAUCAACGGCAACUGCGCGUUCUAUCUUAAUGCCUAAGCUUAUAAAGGUGUAGUUUAGAUGUCGCCACUGGGUCGUAUCACGCAACACAAUGGGCGUCAUUCGCCCCUGGCGGGGUGCUGUGCUGGUCAACUCACCAGCAACGUGAGAUUGUUGAGAUAAUGCACCGUCAGUCGAUGCAGUGGCCAAAGAUUGAGAAGAUGUGCAUCGACCGCCAUAAGACAAGUGGCCGAAGAAGUUGAUACAUUUAAUGAAGCAGAAGGUUUUGAGGGGACUGUCAACUUGAAUUUUGAUUUUGCUUUUGGAAGAGGUGGGAAGUCAUCCGUCUUCUCAGUUUUGUUCGUUUUGUCGAUGCGUCUUUUCCUAGACUGGCCGUCAUUCUUUAUUUCAUCGUCGGUCGAUGUCACGUCAGUUAAAUUUUCAAGAGGUCUAUUUAAAUUGACAGCCUUGUAGGAUUUAGAAUUAAAAUUUGCAUUAUUGUGUUACCUGGGUGGUCAGGCAGUCUAUUUUACUGUUUUGGUCCCUAACUGUCUCAGUCAGCUCCUUUAUUUGCUGGGCCUGGCUUUCGAUGAUCAGGGUCUGGCGCUGGAUGGUUCUGUCCUUUUCGUCUGCUACAGCUGGUGUCAUCAAUUCCUUUGAUUUCAUGGUCUCAGUCAGCUCCUUUAUUUGCUGGGAAUGGCUUUCGAUGAUCAGGGUCUGGCGCUGUCCUUUUCGUCUGCUACAGCUGGUGUCAUCAAUUCCUUUGAUUUCAUGGUAAUUUCUGGUCUCUCCUUCUGACUCCCCCAUGCAUCAUCGGGGACGCUGGGGUAUCAAUAAUUUGACCUCCAGAGUCUCCAUCUCCAUAUUUUUAAAUCGGAUUUUCUAUUGAAAAACUUGAAAACUUUCACGAGAAAAAAAUGACGUAUUGUCAAUUAUCCCUUAUUAUAUACAAUUUAUGAUUAUACAUAAAUUUGUUUAUAUUCCGGCGUUGCUUGGUAGCCAGGAGACAGUGGCGACUAGCGGGGAAAACAAAAUGGUUACCGCCGUGGAAAUAAUUCCAUUUCAACCAGUGGCCUAUCUUAAUGAAAGUACUACCGGCCUCAAAUCAACAUGUUUUAGGAACUGAUGGUCUUUCUCGAACCUCAAAGGAGAUACUCAAAUAGAUCUUAUUGCAGGUUCACCCUAAAAGAAUAAUGCAACUGGUUUUAAUGUAAAGUUGACACUUGAAUACCCAUUUUGAGUCAUUAAGCCAUUGGACGGCAUCCUCAUGAUAUGGUACAAAGCCAAUCUUCACUGAAAAUGUGACAGAUCACAAAUCGUUUUCGUUUUCCUGGAAAUAAUGAUUUCAAAUAGUAUUCAAGAAAACUAAUAAUAAUACAAGCAGAGUAUCUAACAGGUGUUGGUUCCAAAUCUACCAGAUAAAGCUAAGCUUAGGGUAGCUAAGUUUUCAGCGUGGGCUCAUAGAUUCAGUCUACUUGACACCAUUUUUACAAGACACAUGACGAAUUGGUUGGAUACACGUACCUGGCGGAUUCUUUAGGCCAGUGGUUAGUGCAUCUAAGAAGGCUUGUCUUGCUGAUUGAAUUGUAGAGUCAGCCCAUACUUUCGGUUUUGUAUGUCCUGCAUUUAUCCAGGUUUCAUCCAAGUAAUAAAUCUUCCUGCCCUGGUCGCGGUUUUUCUUUAUUGAUUUUAAAUAAUUUUUUCUUCCUAAAAUAAUCUCUUGGCUGUCCAUCAAAAUACUAUUUCUGUCCCGUUUUCAAUACUCAAAAUAAAGUUCUUUGAGUAUGGAAUGUGGUCCUUAUGAAAGUAGGUAAGUCUUCAUCACUAUUAACCUCCUGGAAUACUUUGUCUAUGGUGGGAAGUUGCUGCAUUUCAAAAAAUUGAUGGACUUUGCAUUCCGAUCAGUUAUUAACUGUAUCCAACAGCUUCGUGUAAUGCAGCCCCUUGUGUGGUAGAGACAAUUUUUUGCCUUUUUCUCAUUCUUUAACAAUGUUGAAAAUUGUCUUAGGACAUAAGCCAGUGUUGUUCGCCACACGUCCUUCUAUAUCAUAAAUUUUCAUUUCAGGAUGCUCUAAAAUUUCGCUCUUAUAAACGCCAAGGACAAUAUCUUUUGUCUAAAUAUUCAAAUGUCCCUUUUUGUCACGUUUUUGGGGAGGAGACAUCACUGAAGAGGAAACAUGGCUGCAGGAAGCAUUUUGAGAAAUAUUCUCAGUUUCAUCUGCUGCAUCCGCAGACGACAUGCUAACGUAUAAACAUACGCUAUGUAUCAAAUUCAUAGUCGCCGUUGGGGCAUUAUACUUUCUAGGCGCAUAUAUAUUGUGGCUGAGGUUGUGUUUAUAUUAAAAAUACAAUGUAUACCUACGAUCUACGAGCUAACAGACGUUUAUUUGGUUUUCUACAUGUGAAUGAUGGCAACAGCGUAAAAUACCAUAACAACAACAUCCCAAUCGAAAUUUCGUAGUUCAUCGAUACUUAUCGCCGGUGAUUAUUUUUAUCUUUUUCAUUUGGUAGGAUCUUUUUAAACGUGUAAUAAAGUAUAUGUAAAGUGGUGAGUCAAAAACAGUCACCAGAUUUUGUAAAACUUCUUGAAAUGGAAUUUCGUCUAGCCGCCAUCUUAAAAUCUUCAACUGCUACUUUUGCUCUAAAAUGUAGGUAACUAACUUGAACCAUUCAAAAGAUAAGUAGGGAUAGACCCGUAUUAGAGUUGUGUGCCCGUUCACCUUAUUAAGUUCAGUCAAGAGUCAGGAGGAAAAGUACAGUUCUGUCGAGGAGUUGAUUCACUCAAUGUUAUUGACGAACCUUUGUCAGUCCCUUUUGAAUGCCUACUGUUAAACAAUGACAUUUUUUUCCACUGCAGCACUGCUACAAGCUAUACUAUAACUAUCUAAAACUGUAAUGACUCAUCGAUGUUCACGUGAACAUCACUUAACUACCAGUAGUCGGCUGUUCAUAGGCGGGGUAUGAAUGUUUAACAUGGGUGAACAAGAUUUGUCACAUGCGAUUUAAGAGUGAUUUGAAACAUAUUGUAAGUCAAAAAUUUGGGAAUUACCUUUAUUCAUCGUCGCUUCCACUUACAUCUGACAGUAAUAAACAUUUUUGUUUCUUCCUUCACAACAUGACGGAUAGCAUUCUGCCAAGCUUCGGGCGUUACUAGCUGUAUAGAAGUCUCAAGUAAAACCUUAACGUCUGGUAAUUUGAAGUUUGUGUUAUGGCGCCAAAUAACCCUUCACUUGAGCCCAGAUGAGCUCUAUUGGGUUCAGUUCACAGUGGUAGGGCCGUAACCGCAGCACAGUGACACCACAUUGACGGGCCAUCUCAUCAGUCACGUAACUAAUGUUCGCAGGUAACCUGAUUCCUAAGGAUGUCAACAUAACCCUAUGUAUAUACCACAUGAUGAGAGACCCUGAGCAGUACCCGAACCCUAACGAAUUUGAUCCUAGUAGAUUUGAGUAUAACGAUGGAAAGAAGCCAUACAGCUUUGUGCCUUUUAGCGCGGGACCCAGAAACUGUAUAGGUCAAAAGUUUGCAAUGAACGAAGUUAAAAGCAUCGUCUCUAAGCUAGUCAGAAACUACAAGCUGUUACCAACGAAUCCUGAACACAAAUUAAAGCUAGUCGCCGAAGCUGUGAUGAAGUCCAAAAAUGGAGUUAAGAUUAGACUGGCUAGAAGAGAAAAACCCACAUAGGCGAAUGUCCUAAGUGCUAAAUUGGGUUUUCUGAUCUAGCCUGAAAUGGAAAAUCAAAUCCGCCUUUUUUACUCACUGAUUGAAAAAUGUAUAGAAUUAGAGGUCGCCAUUCGUUCUAUGAAAAUCAGUAGAGUAGACUAAAUUGCGGGAAAUUAUUUUAAAUUUCCCUACUUCUUGGAAGUGUAGCUCAAGCUUUAAUACCAAGUUGAAUUUUCUUAUUUUAAGGAAAAUACAAAUUUGAUUAGUGAUGCGAAUAGGUAAUGUAAAGCUUCGAAGUAUUGAAUAUAACUGUGUUCUAGAACAUUUAAACUAUUUUUUAUAAACCUUAGGCUUUAAUUAUAGUGAAAAGAUUGGUGUUUUUGUAAACUUUAGUUAAUAAAAUGUACAUUGAUUGCUCGUGUUUCAUUGUGUUGCACAGUGGUCUAUGUUUGCGAAAAUCUAGAGAAAUAAUUGAAAAAACAAAGUAUCGAAAAUGAAUGAAAAUUAUUACCUAUUAUAUUAAAGUUGAAGUUUAUGGUGUAUAAUCCGCGGCUACAUCUCAAAAUUGUAGAGCUUCUGUAUUAC